AUUAUUGUCUGCCGAUAACUUAUCAUAUCGAUGUAGCAGCUAUCGAUUUACUCGACAUUACGUAUAUUUUCUAUAUUUUGGUUUAACAUUUUUACCCCACUCUAUCAUCUACUAUCUAGCACACUAAACCAUGACACUCGCUCACACAUGUUGAAUUCCAAGAUCAUCAGUCGUAAAUAUACGCCAGGUAUUGUGAUAAAUACUAAAUGGUAUUAUUAAAGAGACAGAAAGAGAUUAGUUAAUUUUUUUUAUCACAUCAAGUUGCGAGAUAAACAGCAUUCGAUUGAUUAAACUGAUAGUGUGGUAAUGUUAAAAGUUUGAGUAUAUAUCGAACAAUUAAAUAUUUUGAACAAAUCAUUAUUUCUGUCAACAACAAUAGUCACAAGGUAUGAAAAGGAAUUUGUCGUAAGUUUAAUUUCUCAUGGAUUUUGCUAACUUGGUACGUGCCAAAAAGAAAAAUAUUAUUUCAAAGUGAGUGCUCUUGAUGAAAUCAACAGCCUCCUGUAAGGCGAAGAAGAUGAUGUACACAAUAUUCCUCUUAAGGCUCGUGGUUAGAUAAAAUAAUUUUUUGAUGUACAAAAGAAAAAACAACAUAUAAAUCACGAUGCCGCAUGUCACAAGAAAAUGGGAAUUAUUCCCAGGACGUAAUAGAUUCUGCUGUGAUGGUAGAGUCAUGAUGGCACCACAGACAGGAGUAUUUUACAUAACUCUAUGCCUGAUUGCUGGAACAAGCGCUUUAUUUUUUAUUUAUGAUUGUCCAUACUUGGCGCUCCACAUAACUCCAGCGAUACCAGUGAUAGGUGGAUUACUUUUUAUGUUCGUAAUGUCAGCAUUAUUGCGGACAAGUUUUAGUGACCCUGGUGUGAUACCCCGGGCGACACCUGAUGAGGCUGCAUAUAUUGAAAAACAAAUAGAAGUUCCCAACAAUGGUAACUCUCCGACGUAUCGACCGCCUCCACGGACGAAGGAAAUCCUCGUGAAGGGACAGCCAGUUAAACUAAAAUAUUGUUUUACUUGUAAAAUAUUUAGACCUCCGAGAGCGUCUCAUUGUAGUCUAUGUGACAACUGUGUUGAGGGAUUCGAUCAUCAUUGUCCGUGGGUUGGAAAUUGUGUGGGUAGAAGGAAUUAUAGAUAUUUUUACGCAUUUAUCGUAUCCUUAGCCUUCCUGUGUGUUUUCAUCUUUGCUUGUGCAAUAACACAUCUUAUCAUGCUGACCCGAGAUGAUAGACCAUUUUUAGAUGCAAUUAAAAAUUCACCAGGAAGCGUUGUGGUUGGUGUUGUUUGUUUUUUUUCCAUUUGGAGUAUUUUAGGUCUUGCCGGGUUUCAUACUUAUCUUACAAGUAGUAACCAAACAACAAAUGAAGACAUAAAAGGUUCGUUUUCGAGUAAACGAGAACAAGAAAGCUUUAAUCCAUAUAGUCAUGGAAAUAUUUGUGGUAAUUGUUUUUACGUACUCUGUGGACCAGCUCCACCAAGUCUUAUCGAUAGAAGAGGAAUAGUAACUCCUGGAUAUAGAGCUGAACGUGAGAGAACUUGUGAAGAUUAUGUGAUCGCCAAUAAUAAAGCUUAUGGCACAGUUAAAGUUAUGCAGCCACAAGCAAACGGACACAGUAUUCCUUCUCAUGUAGAUAAUGAUAUAACUGGUUCAAUGAAUAAUCUUGUCGCUGGUCAACGUUCACCGCGGAUUGAAUCAUUAAACGGUGAGUUAACACUUAUGAGCCAGUUACCACGUUGCCCUGUUGAAUUACCCAAGUAUCGUCAGUACUCAAACGAAGUAUACAUUCCAAAAUAUUCAACGCCGCGACGUUGUGCUCAAGAUCGCGUGCAACCUGGUGAUGCUUAUGCUGCCGAAAUAGAACGUCUGAAUGCCGAAGUUCAAAAAUUUAAUUAUAAAUGUGAGGAAACUUUGCAAAGAUAUCCACAGAGAUGUCGUGAAGAGUACCAACGCUGUUCUGAAAAUAAUUUAAUACACAACCAACAACAGUAUACUGUUGAUCAAAAAUACGCGAUUGAUCUUCAAAAAUAUCCUCGUGGAUACUCGGAAGACUAUUUAAGAUAUGGCGAUAUUGAUAAUGAUAAUGAUGAUGGUUAUAGAAAGUCGAUAGACUUACAAAAAUUUCCUCAACGUUAUUCUGAAGAUCCAUCACGUUCUUAUCACUCGCCGCAGACUCUUAAAUACAAUAAUCUUAGAUGUAAUCAACAUGGCUUUAAGUAUCCAAUUACUAAGAAUAUUUUACCUAAUAGAAUAUUAGGCUCUGGUAAUAUUCCUAUGAUUGGUCAAAGUGCAAUCGGUCUAGUAGUUAAUAGAUUUGGUUCAGCGCCUUUAAAUUAUGAUAUGGCCUUUAUGGAUAAUAAUUCUAUUUGUCCAGGGGAAAGUGCUGAGGAUAAUUUAAUGAAUCGUCGUUUUAUUGUCAGCCCCAUCAAUGAUAAUGAUUGACAAUGAUUACUUAUAGCUCCUCAGCAUAAUCGUCCCUACGCUCCGCGAUUCUUAUCGAGAAAUCGCAUUUUUCAUGACACUAAUGAUAUUAGAUAAGUAAAUAAGCUUAAAAACAAAAAAUAAAAUACAUUUAUACGUAUGCAUGAUACGUAUCAGUGUUUCAACAGAUUGGAACACUUAAUAUCUUCCAAGAGGUUAAGAAAUUUAUGUAUUUAAACUAAAUAUUUUAUCAGUAAUAUCUAGAUAGAUGAAUAUACAUUCAAAUUUUAAAAACUA